AUGGACGAGCGUCCAGCCAAGAAGAGAAAGGUCCGAAAAGGAACCCGAAGCUGCUGGCAGUGUCGAAAGAGGAAAAUACGAUGCGAAUUUGCCGACGACGACGAACAGACUUGUGCCGGCUGUAAAGUCCGGGGAACUUCCUGCUUAAGCCAAGAGUUCAUCGACGAUGAGCCGACCGGUCCCCCGGAGCGCGGCGUCGCCCAGCGUCUCGCCCGGCUGGAGGAGUUGAUGGUUAAGCUGGCCGACAAAAUCGGCCCCGAAACCUCAACAGAAAAGACUACCACGCCCGCCUCGUCACUGAAUGAGUCUGCGCCUACUUCGGAAUCUCUACCGCCCCUAAGCCAUCGUGUGCAGACCGUUGAGAGUCCCGUCAUCACGCCCUCGCCUGCGAAUCCAACACAACCUCAGCCGGUAUCAGAAUCUUCGCACGUCACGUUGAAAAAUGAGCGGAUAUGCAAGGAGCUCUACUCCAUGUUCCCAUCAAAGAAGGACACCAAGAUUAUAAUCGAAUCGAGCCGGGGACCGGUCUUUGUCUUGAUCCUUUUCUAUUCCUACCAAGACAUCAUCGAGGGCAAAUCCCCACCGACGGCGACUCUGUCAGACGUACCUGACGUUUCGAAACACCCUGCCAUCCUGGCGAAGCACCUACUUCAGUUGACCAUAUGUCUCCAGCAGCUACCGCCUUGUUUUAAUCCAUCUCAAAAACACCUUGGGCUGACACAUUCCAUCCAAGACACGAUGGCUGAGUGGGUGGCAGCUGCAAGCCUCGUCACCUCAAACGACGAAUUGGUCGGCUCCGCUGAAGGCCUUCAAUGCCUUAUCUUGCAAGGUUUCUAUCUCAUCAACUCUGGGAAUCUUCGCAAAGCCUGGCUGGCCAUGCGUAGGGCCCUCAGUCUGGCCCAACUCAUUGGCAUCGAACGAAACGGCAGUCGGCCUCUGAAAUCAUGUGACCCCGCCACCGAUCCGGCGACGAUACCCUCGUCACAUCAGCUAUGGUAUCGCAUCAAUUUCUGCGAUCGCUAUUUGUCCCUGUUGCUUGGUUUACCAGCUGGCACGCAAGACAAUAGCUUCUUUUCUGAACCUUUCAUUGCCAAUGACACACCUAUGGAAAAGUUGGAAAAGAAAUACACGGUGAUAUCCCUCCGCAUAAUCGACAGAAACCGUGCACCACCUCACGAAGCCUACGCCAUCACCCAAUCCAUCGACUGCGAGAUUGAGACAGCAGCGAAAACAAUGGGAAAUGCCUGGUGGGAGAUCCCUCCCGUGGCCGAUUACACAGACACAACUACCCAAAUGGGUGUCAUGUCGCAUUUGAUGCUGCAAAUACACCACCACAGCCUGCUCAUUCUACUUCACCUGCCGUAUAUGCUUCGGAAUUCUGCCAAUAACCGCUAUGACUACAGCAAGAACACAUGUUUAGAGUCCAGUCGUGCGGUACUACGACGCUGCGUCAUCUUCCGCACCGCAAAUAACGCAGUUUUCUCCUGCAGGCAUAUCGACUAUUCAUCCUUGAUGGCGGCCAUGACGUUGCUACUCGGUCACCUCACUCGUCCUCCCGGAGUCCGGGAUGAUGAAUGGUGUCGGCAACGAGUGGAGGACCGAGCACUAGCUCAGACCACGAUGGAGAAGAUGGAAGAACUCGCGAGCUUGAACCACGACAAGCUUUCCGGCGAGAGCGCUGAGAUCAUCAAGCAACUCCUCCCCAUCAUCGACUGCUGCAAUGACUGCCUGAACAACCAACCGGGCGAGGACUGGAACGUGCGACUCAGCAUUCCCUACCUCGGAACAGUCAACAUCAACAACUCUUUGAACCAAAACGCACAACCACACUUGCACACGGUAGAUCUCAGUCACUCCCAACUCCCAACGCCAUCGAACACCACCACGGUCUCGCCGGCUUCGUUCCCGGCGAAUCAGGAGACCUCUACCGUGACUUCUGUAGACAAUCUUCUUGGACAGGACUUCACACCCAGCGGGAGCGGGGACGUGUACGGCGGCUUCGGCGCCGAGUGCCCACAAUGGCAGUGUCCGGGUAUCACGGCCGAGGCGGGAGACUGGGCGUUUCAAGGCGUCGAUACGGCAUACUGGUCCCUGCUUAAUAGUGACAUCCCGAGUCUCACCUGGACCCCUGCCUAUUGGCGUAUCUUGGCGAUGUCUGUCAGCAAGCCCAAGGCGACGUUUCCCCGCAUCUACGCAGCAUCCCUUGCGAGUGUCCCCGGACGUUGCUGCUGGCCGUCAGAGUCUUCUUGGGAGGCCCUCGACCUCACCCUCGACGGCAACCUCGUCAAGAGCGAGCCCAUCGCGCAGUCUUGUUACGACGGCCCGGCCAAGGACCUAGCCGAGUGUGCCCGCGUCUCCAAGCUGUGGUCGGACCAGGACUUCCAGACCUCCAACCCAAUCGGCCGGCCAUACCCUUACAAUAUCACAUGCGCACCGGUCGACCACGCCGCGGGCCAGAUCCCGACCAGCUGCUCCCUAGGCUCUCUCCCAACGUACGCGGUCAACGCCACCACCCGCGCCGACAUCAACUCGACUCUUUCCUACGCACGCCAGCACAACAUCCGCCUCGUCGUAGCCAGCACCGGGCACGACCUCCUCGGCCGCUCCGACGGCUACGGCAGCCUUGAGAUCUGGCUCCGGCACUACCGCAGGAGCAUCGAUUUCCAGCAGACAUACGUCCCUGCCAACGGCUGCCGGGGGUCCAACUGGACCGGCAGCGCAAUCCACAUCGACGGCGCCUACCAGUGGAGGGACGUUUACAAGGUCGCGAAAGCGAACAACGUGAUUGCCGUCGGCGGUGGUUCGGCGUCGCCCAGCGCCAACGGGGGCUGGUCGUCGGGCGGCGGCCACGGGCCCGCGACGCGCGACUACGGGCUCGGGGCGGACCAGAUACUCGAGGCCGAGGUGAUGCUCGCGGACGGGCGAGUCGUAGUGGCGAGCCACUGCGAGAACGAGGACCUGUUCCGCGCUCUUCGCGGCGGCGGGCCCGGUUACGGCAUCGUGCUGAGCACCACCGUCAAGACAUACCCCAACGUGAACGCCGUCACCGUACACAGGCUCACGUUGACGCCCCUGAGGCAGAUCGCGAAUAACUCUGACCUCCUGGACGCCGUGUCGAUGCUGUUCUUUUAUUAUCCGUCUCUCAAUAGGGCGGGCUUUGCGGGUUACGCGUACUGGUCUCGCAACUCCCCUACCGUCUUCGUGGGGAACUCCACUUCGGGCUAUACUCACAACUUUUGGAUGAUUGGCAAGACCAAGCAAGAGGUCGACCGUUCCUGCGCGCUCUGCUCGCUCAACGAGUACCUGGUACAUUCCCCGGACCGGGGUGUGUCCGUCGACGAGGACUGGGCCGAGUACGGUGAUUACUGGUCCUUCUACGAAGCCGAGUCCGGUCUCUACGACCCCGUCGGCGACACCGCUAUCCUCACGUCUCGCAUGAUGGAUCCGUCAGUUGCGGGGCGAUACGACGACAUCCGCGCGGCCCUCGAAGUGUUCAGCGGCGCGCCGGGCGAGUUCGUGUCGAACGUCGCGCUGUUGGUCUCCGGCGGGAAGGUGUUCGAGGACGCCGGCGAUCCGACGUCGGGCGUGCACCCGGCCUGGCGCAGGUCUCCGUACGUCCUGGUCGCCGGGCGCGGGGUGUCGAGGACGGCGAGUAACGCGGAGCGCAAGGCGGUGCAGGACGACAUCACGUUCGUCAAGGGCGCGGCGGUGAAGAAGUUGUCACCUGGGACCGGUGGGUACAUGAACGAAGGCGACCGACACGAUCCCGACUAUAUCCAGACGUUUUAUGGCGACUAUUAUGCGGCGCAUCUUGCGGCGAAGAGGAAGUAUGACCCGGAUCAUGUGUUUUACUGUCCGACCUGUGUUGGAGCUGAAGCAUUUGUUGAGACUCCAGACGGACCGUUGUGCAAGCUAUGA